UAAUAAACCAUUAAACUCUCACGUUCUUUGUGUUGUAGCUUUGCAGGCCACAUACAAAAGGCACUCCAAAGACUCGAGCUUUCUCCAUCCAUUGCUUCAAGAUGAUGCUGCCUUCUCUCCAGCUUCAAGACCUCCAUGAGAGGUUCUCAGAGCGCUUGGUGCCAUGGCAUCGUUCUGUCCAGUUCUGGGUCCGGGCCGCUGACAUCUAUACUGGAUACAAGGUGUGCCAAUUGCGUGCGAGGUUUGUGAGAGAUAGGGAGAAAGUUGAGGCAUUGUGGGAGAGGCAGCAUGAGGUUGCUGCGGAGAAGAUGUACUCUCUCUGUUCUGAGCUCGGUGGGCUGUUUCUUAAGGCUGCUCAGAUAUUGGGAAAACCUGAUUUGGCUCCAGCAGCAUGGGUGAAAAGACUUGUCACAUUGUGUGAUCAGGCUCCUGCAACUGCAUUUGAAGUUGUCCAAAAAAUAUUGGAAAGUGAAUUGGGCCAAAGUUUUGAUGAAACCUUUGAACAAUUUGAUGUUAAUCCUAUCGGAUCUGCUUCAAUUGCGCAGGUUCAUCGCGCAAGACUGAGAUCUGCACAAUCUGAUGUUGCUGUUAAGGUGCAACACCCUGGAGUUCAGCAUCUUAUGACAGUUGAUAUCCACAACUUGCAAGCAUUUGUUUUGUUUCUACAGAAGACAGAUAUCAAAUUUGAUUUAUUCUCCCUCACUAAAGAGGUUCAAAAACAGAUUGGAUACGAAUUUGAUUUUUUGCGGGAGGCUGAGGCCAUGGAAAGAAUCCGAGAUUUUCUUGAUUCUAACAAUAAAAAAUCUCCUGUAAUAGUGCCGCGGGUCAUUGGUGGCAUGGUGACCAGGAAGGUCUUAGUAAUGGAGUUCAUAGAUGGGAUUCCCAUAAUGAAGCUUGGCGAUGAAAUGGCUAAAAGACAUAUAGAUCCUGGUGGGAGGAUAGCAUCAAUGGCGAAACGGAAAAUUCUGAAAAAUAUGACACUAGCAUAUGGCCAAAUGAUCUUGAAGGAUGGUUUUUUUCACGCAGAUCCGCAUCCAGGAAACAUCCUGAUAUGCAAGGACUCUGAGGUCGCGUUGCUUGAUUAUGGGCAAGUAAAGCAACUUCCAGACGACUUAAGACUUGGAUAUGCUAAGCUUGUUCUUGCACUUGCUGACAGGGACAUCCCAAAAGCCUCACAAAGUUUUAAGGAGCUUGGCAUAGAAACACGAAGCAACUGUGAUGAUGAACAGAGAGAACUGUUUCAUUUGGCUGAGAGAAUGUUUGAUACCAGGCUUCCACUCGGAGUAACAAUUAUGUCACCAUUCGCCGAAGAUUCUUCAAUACGGAAAGUUGGUGUCGAGAGUUUUCCCGAGGAGUUAUUUUGUGUUCUUCGAACAAUUCAACUCUUGAGAGGACUAAGUGUUGGAUUGGGCAUCAAUUACUCAUGCUCUGAUCUUUGGAGACCGAUCGCCGAAGAAGUGUUACUUAAAGCUGGAAGACUAAAAAGAUGACAGUUUUACAGGAAGCCUGAGUCAUGACUACAGCACAAAGCUAUGAAUCUACAUGCUUAAUUUUUCUUUUUUCCUUUUUUUUUUUUGGAUGAUAUCCAAUUUGACAUUUUAUAUUGAUGCUUUAAGUAUGAUAGAUAAUAAUUGUGUUUGUUUUUGAUGAAUUUCUUUGCAUUGUAAGGUUCUGUGGUUAUUGAUAAUGAAGAAUAAAA